AUGGCCGCUUCAUACUCCGGCAGGGCUCCUUUUGCCUUUCUCUGGAAUAGCCCAUCAAGUUCAUGUGCCAAACAUUACUCUGUACCUUUAGACCUCAGUCUUUUUGCUGCAGUAAGUGACCCAUCAAACAAUGUGGUCAAUCAAAACCUCACUCUAUUUUAUGAUACCAGACUGGGACAUUAUCCACAUAUUACUGAAAACAAGAAUGAAACAAUUAAGUAUAACGGAGCAAUUCCACAAAACACAAGUCUCAGAGAUCAUUUGCGACAAGCUGCGGUGGAUAUCACCCAUUACCUUCCUAAUAAAGAAGCCAAGGGACUUGCUAUAAUUGACUGGGAAGAGUGGAUGCCCCUUUGGUACAGAAAUACAGACAAGAAAAAAAUUUACAGAAAAUUAUCAGUGGAGCAUCUCAGAAGGCACAAUCCAAUGGACACUUUUGCUGCAAUUAAAGAGAAAGCUAUCAUCCAGUUUGAAACAGCAGCAAGAGAAUUUAUGAAGAAAACAUUACAGCUGGGGAAAUAUCUGAGGCCCAAUCAGUUGUGGGGUUUUUACAUGUUCCCUGAAUGUUACAAUCACUACAGAAAUGAAAACAUUCAGUUCACAGGCAAGUGUACAGAACGGGAUGUGUCCCUCAAUAACAAGCUCCUCUGGCUUUGGGGAGAAAGUACUGCUCUCUACCCAUCCAUUUAUUUUACUCAGCACUUAAGCAAUACCACAUCUGCAGCUUUAUUUGUUCGGCAUCGCAUUCUAGAAGCAAUGAGAGUAGCAGAGCUCUCAAAGAAGACAGUUCCUGCUCCAGUGUAUGCUUACCAAAGACUUGUGUUUUCAGACAACACCACAGCAUUCCUUUCUCAGGUUGACCUUAUUCAUUCUAUUGGUGAAAGUUCAGCCUUGGGUGCAGCAGGGAUCAUACUGUGGGGAGCAUCUAGCGACUUCAGAAACAAGGAGAAGUGCUCAGCAAUGGAUAGUUAUUUAACUUCCACUUUAAAUCCAUACAUUGUAAAUGUUACUGAAGCAACCAAGCUUUGCAGCCAAAAACUCUGCCAUAAUAAUGGCAGGUGCAUACGUAAAAAAUUUGAUUCUAGUGACUAUUUGCACUUAAAUCCAACAAAUUUCCACAUUCAAAUGAACCAGCAUGGUCAAUUCAUUUCAAAUGGUGUGCCAUCACAAGCUGACUUGAUGUAUAUGGCUGACAAGUUCACCUGCCAAUAUUAUGAAUGA